AUGUCGAACUCCGGUUAUUAUGGUGGGUCUGGUGGGGGCAAGUACACAUCCAUCCCCGAAGAACAUGAGAUGUUUUCUCCUGAUCUAUCCAGCCCACCCGCACACAAGAGAAGCGACAGCCAGGAUACUCUAGUUGGUGGCCCUUUUAGCCCAGAUAUGAGAGGACCAGGUCGAAGGGGUUUCUUUAGUUCUGCAUCAGACCUGGAGCCUGGGUUUCGGCUUCAGACUCGGAUGGCAUCCAUGAGUCCGGGGGAAAAAAAGGCGCUCAGCAGUUUAUAUAGCUCAAGGCGUCAAAUGCGUAAAAACUUUUUGCAUAUGAUAGCGCGAUUUGCAUUUACUACAGCCUGUUGUGCCGCCAUUGUUGGGUUGUUCAAAUAUUAUGGCAGCAGCGGCGUUCUCGAUAACGAUAAUAAAUAUAUUUUCAAUGCUAUAUACAUAGGGAUUUCGAUGAUUCUCAGUAUGAACUUGAUUUCAGCCUUCAAAUCUUUAGCCAACAUGAUAAGAUGGAGGUUGCUGGCUGCGCACGAGUUUACACUAAGAGAGGUCGACUUGAUUUUGGCUUGUAGUAGUUUCCAAAAAACGAUCCAGUUACUGUUCACACCAUCCAAGGAACACACACACCUUGCGACCAAGUCAUGGGUGUUUAGACUCGGCGCAAUUGCAUGGAUCCUACUAGGAGUGGCGGCUCAAGUUGCAAUUGCUCUAAUUGGUUUAACCUAUAAUCAUGAGAACGAUACUGCUUUAAAGAUAGGCCCAGUUAAUAUUACUGCAUUGGAUUCUAUCUAUCCCGAGACAUAUCCGGCUUUUGAUGCAAAUAUACCACUUGCGGUGCAGAAAUGGGCGGCAAAUAUGCAUGGUUCUUCAAGCUACUCAAUCGUCCCUGUUUACACCCCAGAUACAAUCUAUUCGGCUAAUGAUAUAAACCAUUUUUUGAUCUAUAACCCUUCAACCAAUACUAUGGAAUAUACUAUUCAAGAGUGGGCAGUGGACUUCUCGGUUUCCGAUCAAUUCAUCUCAGUCGAAACGAAUCGUACGGUGACUGUUACUCCGCAGUGUGAAUACUAUCCAAUCGAGGAAAAUAAGUAUGGCGAUGCAGACACACCAUUUACGAUUUUAACAAAUGAAGGUGUAAACGCUACAAUUGACUGGUUGAAGGACUCCAUGCCCGGUCAAAAUAUUAUCGUUAAUCCAUAUUGGGAGGGAAUUAGUCCAGAGUAUCUGUCAUGUGGAGACCGCUGUAGCCGACUCUACAUUUUUGAGUUUCCUCUUUUUGGACAAGGUUUAUUUUUCAACUGUACCGUUGAAGUUAGCCCCGUUUAUAACGCCGUCGAGCCUGAGCAUGAAAUUCCCGAUGAAGUUGCCAAGAUCUUCGCGGGAUCACCUGGGAGUCAAGGAUGGUAUGAUGAUGCUGGGCGGCAGAUGGUGAGAUAUAGUAAAGCAAGCUACUGGGGGCUUACAGAUCUCGCUGGAGAGGAUGGUGAAAAAUACGCUGGAGAGGGGCUUGCAUGGUUUGUGGCUGGUUCUAUCGCCAAUUAUGACCAAUAUGGCCCUAUGAUCGUCUCGACAGGGAAUCAGCAAUGGCAAGGCGUUAGACUUGUAGUGAAAUGGAGGGAAUUGUAUAUUACCUUAGGCAUGAUCCUUGCGAUAAACCUCAUCUUUGGAAUCUUUAUUGUCAUAAAAGCCAAUGCUGUGUUUUGCAAAGAUGAUUCCUUCCUUUCCAUAGCACGACUUCUCAGACCAAUGUUGGAACGCUUGGGAGAUUCCGGAUCUCAUUUACAAGGUUGGGAGAUUGCUGAUACGUAUGACAAAAAGGUGGUAUACGGAUACAGGGUCAAUACUCAAAAUAAUAUUCAUCAUCUAGAUUUUGGAGAUGAUAUACCAAUUUUGGCCUCUGGCAAGUAUGAGUCAUUCCCGAACGGUAUGUACGAUUAA